AUGUCUCAAGAUUGGAUUGAUUUUGUUCGCGAUAUCGACACGGCUGAGGACUUAAUAUUCCGGCAAAUAUCUGACCAGAGUAUCUCUGAAACCACAAGCGACAAGGUUCAUAGUGCAUUCCUGGAUCUCAGAUUUCUGUCCACAUUUAUCGGCUACUUUGAGCUGAAGAGGAGUCACACAAAACCACCGUCACCAACAUCAAUGGGUGGUGAGCGGAAAAGAUUAAAUGAGGCGGAUGCGGUCGUGUUCAACAAUGUUGCAGCUGCAGCAAAGCAGAUACAAAGAUAUCUUCAGCAUGAGGUGAUUGACAGAUUCAACAGUGACGAUGAUGAUCCUGAUCAUGGGACGUUGACUGCUAAAUUGGUCAACUUGUGGAGAACUAAUAUGGAUCUGCUUCGUUCUCUGGACACCAAAUUGCUUCACAUUGUCACCCCUUUGAGUGCAAAGAUAGCUCCUUUGAGGUCAGAGAUCCAUGGUACUUACAUCUACCUGUCCUUCUUCUUUUGUCACAGUGGACUCCUUCAUGAUGAACUUGAGCCUUCAGCAGCAGCUUAUGACUGGAACCCUUUCCGUUUCUCGCUAGAGAAGAGUCUUAAAUUUGUGAACUAUUCUGAAUCCCAGAGAAAAACCUUGAUAAGGAUUCUGAAUUCUCUGGAUUGGCUUCUCACUGCUAGUAUCAGUGGUAAUGACCAAAAAUGGUCUCCUUGGAAGGAGAGUAUGAUGGCUGAAUUCGGAGGAAUCCUUCUUGACGCUGCUAAAUAUUAUUGCUAUUGCUGCUUGCAACAAUCAAGCAAAAGCAGUGUAGAACAGAUGGCUGGGAGCCUAUUAGAGGCGCACUUGAAAAUGGAUCCUCCUGCUCCAGAGUUCCUGGAAAUCAUUCUACGUUCCUUAGGACACUACGAUAAUCAUCAUCAGGAGAGAUUUAUAUCGUCUCUUGUUGAUUAUAUGAUUGGUCUCCAAGAUGAAUUUGAACUUAUUCGCAAGGAAUUGUGGUUCCUACUUACAUGUCUAAUCAAGAUUCCAGACCAAGACACGAUGGAGGAGGAUGUGAGCAGCAUUUUAGUUUUUGGUAUUAAAGAUGUGGUGAUGGAGGUCAGAUCUCUAAAGUAUAGGAGGGCAACAGCACGUCAAACUCGCUAUGCAAUUUUGUUGGCUAAGAUUUGGUCUCUUAAGGCUGAGAUUUUCAUCCAAAGUGAUGGGACUCUCCUCACACUUUCUAAGGACAACCAUGUCCAGGCCCUACGCGAAGGAUGUAGAUUUCUGCAAGAAAUAUCUCAUGACUUUUAUAUUAGAAAAGAUUCACAAUCUCCUACGAUCUUGAAGGCCAUUGAAGGAGUUCCUGAUCAGGUGGAAUCUCUCUAUCGGUCUUCUCUUCCGGGUGAUAUUAGCAUCAAGGUCAGCAUUUUCCUUUUCAAGUCUCUUGUACACAUGAUGCUAGUAAGGGCAAAUGAGCUCCUGUUAAAGUUAUUGAAUAACAACUUUGCAAGUAUGAUGCUCCCCUUGAAGCACAAAUUUGCAAGUCUUCAGAAGGGGCUCCUUUUCUUAAUAGAUUUAGUGACUAAUAAAGAGGAUGAGAAGCCCAUCCUGGCAGAUAUUGAAGUCGUGGCUGCUGGAGUAAUAUCUGUAUGUAACACAUUUCCUCUUGAUAACACGCUCGAUGAAGGAGGAGUCAAGGAUAUGGAUGUUCUACUUCUUGAUCUGUUCGAAAAGGUUCUGCACUUGACAAAACUCAGAGGAGUCUUCCAAAUACCUAAGUUCAGUGCCCCCAAGAUUCCUGGUUUCUGCUUCAUUCAAUAUCUUGUGCAGAAUGUGCAAGAUCUGCUUAGCUGUAAAAAUGACUCCUUAGCAUAUGCGUCUCACCAAAUUGGAGCCAUCUCCACGAAUUUGGUUUCCAUAGUAUCUAAAUUUCAGGAUGUUUCUAAGGAGGGCAUCGAGAAACAAGAGCACCGCGAUCUUUUAAGCCAGCUUGUAGACGUGGCGUAUCAGGCAGAACAUGCCAUUGGCUCAGUGUUGAAUGAAAAUAAGGAUGCUUGGCAACAUCUUGUGUGGCUGGAUCAUCUGCUGGAAGAGACAAAGCAUAUCAAGAUCCAGCUUGCAGAUUCAGAUGGGAACAACACUUACUGUAGUGCACUGCACAACUUUCCCCAGCAGCAGAUGGUGAUGCCUGAAAUGUUACAGGUUGGCACCGCAACUACUAAUGCAGAAGUUAUGGUUGGACUCAAUGAUCAUAAAAACGAGAUAAUUGAUCAGCUUACUAGAGGUAAACAACAACGAGAGAUUAUCUCAAUAGUUGGAAUGCCAGGAAUCGGAAAGACCACCUUGGCAAACAAUGUGUUCUGUGAUCAAACUAUUAUGUAUCACUUCCACGUUCGUGCUUGGAGCUGUGUUUCGCAAAGAUAUAAAAAGAGAGACUUGUUGCUUGAUACCUUGAGACACAUUAUCUCUCUCACAGAUAACAUCAAUGAGAAGAAUGAUGGAGAUCUAGAAGACCUUUUGUAUAAACAGUUGAAGGGAAAAAGGUACUUAAUAGUCAUGGAUGACAUGUGGAGCAUAGAGGCGUGGGAUGAUUUGCGUCUCUCAUUUCCAGAUGACUCAAAUGGGAGCAGAAUUUUGAUAACGAGCCGUCUCAAAAAUGUGGUUUCAAAAAUUAGUGAUCCUCAUCCUCUUAGUCCACUCUCUGAGGAGGAAAGCUGGGAUUUGCUAAAACUAAAGAUUUUUCAAAAGAAUGACUGUCCUUCGGAGUUAUUGGAAGUUGGCUGGCAAAUUUCAAGAAAUUGCAAGGGAUUGCCGCUUGCAAUCAGUGCAAUAGCUGGUCUUCUCAAGAAGUCUUGCAGAAAGAGACCAGACCUGUGGAAUCAAAUUGCUGACAAAGUAAGCUCGCUAGUGGUUAAUGAUCCUGAAGCUCAGUGCAAAAAUAUAUUAGAACUCAGCUACUAUCAUUUACCUGACCAUCUGAAAGCCUGCUUGCUCUAUUUCGGAGCAUUUCGUGAGGACAAGGACAUUCCAGUUUCGAGAUUGCUGUGGUUAUGGGUCGCAGAAGGAUUUGUACCUAAAUCGGAGUCAAAAAGCGUUGAGGAUCUUGCUGAAGAAUAUUUGAUGGAUCUUGUUGGUAGAAGUCUCGUCAUAGUAGCAGAAAGAAGAUCAGAUGGGAAGGUGAAAGCUUGUCGAGUUCAUGAUGUGGUACGUGAUUUGUGUCUGUUGAGAGCUGAAGAUGACAACUUUUUGCUGUCAAUAACUGCUGCUGAUGAACCUUAUUCUUUUUUUACUGAUUUAGACCCUAAUGUCCCACUUGACCUUUUCACUUCUUCAAAUGAAAGAACAUAUGAGGAGUAUCGACUGUGUUUUUGUGUAAAUCGAGAGCACUUUGUUGUGUCGAAGCCUUCUGGACCAUUUGUCCGCUCUCUACUAGUCUUUGCCCCUUCUGAUAUGUACCCAAGAUGCCCUUAUGAUGUCUCCUUCAUUCCUGUGAACUACAGACGUCUCAGGGUGUUAGAUUUGGAAUCCAUCAAUAUAGUCUAUCCCGCCAUCUUGUCCAACCUUCAAAACCUGGAAAGUUUACUUGUGAAGAGUUUGAAGAGUAAAGUUGUGCUGCCAGAAACCAUAUGGAGGAUGAGAAAGCUGACGCAUAUAUGUGUAACUAAUUGUGCUGUCUUCACAUGGGGGUUGGCUGAAAAUGAAAACUCCUCGCAGUUACUUAGCCUGGUAUCACUUUCUUUUCCAUGUUUCAAAUGGGGGGAGGUAACUGAUGAGACGAUGAUGAGGUUUCCCAACCUUCGAAUACUGAAGUGCAUGGUUUUAAAACCAGGAGAUAUUUCUAUGGGUUCUUCUCCAUUUCUUGCAUUCAAGUCGUUAUGUAAAUUGGAGUCGCUGAAUAUAUCAUACUACGGCAAGGUCCUCGAUGCUAAUGAAUUGAGCUUUCCUUCCCAUAUAAAGAAGUUAACAUUAUCAAACUUCCAGCUGCCAUGGAGUCAAAUCUCAGUGAUUGGGAGAUUACAGAACUUGGAAGUCCUGAAAUUGGGUUCUAAAGCAUUUGAAGGAUCAAGCUGGACAAUGGAGGAAAGGGAGUUUCUGAAUCUUAAAUACUUGAGAUUAGACACACUGAAUGUCGUCCAUUGGGAUGCCUCCAUUGAUGAUUUGUUCCCCCAGCUUGAGCAGCUUGUAGUCCGAAAUUGCCCUAAGCUUAAGGAGAUCCCAUCUGAGGUUGUGUACAUCUCAACAUUGGAGAAGAUUGAGGUUCAACAGUGUGCAGUUUCUGUUGAAGAGUCUGUUAAAAGAAUUGGGGACGAAAUUGAGGGGCUCCAAAUUGUGAUAAGCUACUCACAUUUUCCAAGAGCAUAA